AGCCGCGGUGCAGAGGUUCAUGCAGCGGCGGCGGCGGCGGCGGCUGCUGCUGCUGCCGCCGCGGAAACAGACAGACCGGGCGCUGCUGCCGCCACCCUCCCGCAGCUCCAUGCCGCCGCCACCGCCUCCUCCUCUCCGGCGAAGGGCGGGGGGCUCCGGCCCGGGGUGGGCACCACUCCUCGCAGCGCCGCUCCCCUCCCUGCCCUCCGCCGGGGCGCGGGAGCCGGCGAGAGCGCCCGCCGCCUCCUAGGAGCGCACGCUCCGCGCGCCCUUGCUGGAGCGAGGAGGCGGGCGUGGGCGGGCGUCGGGGCAGCCGCGACCCAGCGCGCGGAAAGGGGAGGGGGCUUCCCCGGAGGAUGCCCCGCGGCGGCGGCUCCUCGCUCUUAGGCGCUAGCUGAGCUGGACCGGGAGCGUGCGGCGCGUCGCCAUGCCGGCGUGACGGGCGCCCGCGGCUGCCCGCGCUGGGCCCCCGCGCUGCCCCACGCCGCGCCGCGCCGGCGCCGGGCGGCAGGAUGGGCUGUAUCCAAAGCAUCACCUGCAAGGCGCGGAUCCGGCGCGAGAACAUCGUGGUGUACGAUGUGUGCGCCACCAUCGACCAGUGCCCCACGCGCAUCGAGGAGACCUCGCCCAUCGUCCUGCGCUACAAGACCCCUUACUUCAAAGCUUCAGCCCGUGUGGUCAUGCCCCCCAUCCCCCGCCACGAGACCUGGGUGGUGGGCUGGAUCCAGGCAUGCAACCAGAUGGAGUUCUUCAACACCUACAGCGACCUGGGCAUGUCAAGCUGGGAACUGCCUGACUUGAGGGAAGGGAGAGUAAAAGCCAUCAGUGACUCAGAUGGGGUGAGCUACCCAUGGUACGGGAACACGACAGAAACUGUGACUCUGGUUGGCCCCACCAACAAGAUCUCCAGGUUCUCUGUCAGCAUGAAUGAUAACUUCUACCCCAGUGUGACAUGGGCAGUGCCAGUGAGUGACAGCAAUGUGCCACUGCUCACAAGAAUCAAGAGGGACCAAAGUUUUACCACCUGGCUGGUGGCCAUGAACACCACCACCAAAGAGAAGAUCAUUCUGCAGACCAUCAAGUGGAGGAUGAGAGUGGACAUUGAAGUGGACCCUCUUCAGCUGUUGGGGCAGCGGGCCCGGCUAGUGGGCAGGACUCAGCAGGAGCAGCCCCGGAUCCUGAGCCGGAUGGAGCCCAUCCCCCCUAACGCACUAGUGAAGCCCAAUGCCAACGAUGCCCAGGUCCUCAUGUGGAGGCCCAAGCGGGGGCCACCUCUGGUUGUGAUACCUCCUAAGUAAAAGCAGACUGUCCAACUGUGUGUGGAACACAUGCCACUGAGACCCGCAGUGGGGUGACCAGGGGUGGCAGGAGCCAAACUGAGUUUCUGAGCCAAAGCAGACCUCUUGGUGUGCCAGCCUUUGCAGCUACUUGUGACGAGUACAGCUGCUCCUUGGGUGGUAGAACCAUAACCCUUAGGAAAAGCCCCUUCCUCUUAGGAAUAAAGAAACCACUGAUUUGAUAGACUUGCUCUGAUUACCAUGCAAGUAGCCAUAUUUUGGAGCUGACCAGGACAAUUCUUUUAUUUGAACUAUUGACCAUUUCUUUCCUGUGAGAUGCAGGGGAUGGAAAUGAAACUAAACAGUGCCUGUGGCAGAUGCUGCUUCCCAACCAAUUAGAAGCAAGAGUGAAAACAUCCACACCAGGUGUUCGUAAGACAGUCUCCUUAUGUGACUGGAGGGUCUUGGGUAAUUGGGUGAAAGAUACCGGGUGCUGGGGAGAGAGGAGGAGAAGGUGUUACUACAGGUUAAUAUCAAGUAUUAGCUGAUGGUCAGAUUGUCAACAUAUCCCCUGGAAUGAGGGGGACACUUAGGAAACUAAAGAAACUUGUUUUGAGGGAGAGCGCUUUUGGAACUGUCCAAGGUGCUGACAUCAGCAGCCCCAAUGGAGACUGGCUGCUUCCCACCCACUCACCUCUUUCCAAAGAGAUUGCUCAUUCUAAGUGUUGUUAGUUAUGAUAUAUACGGUAUUGGAUAUAUAGUUCCUGUUUUCCGUAGUGAUUAUGGCAUUGGGUCCCUUUUGAGUUUUUAGUCACUCAAUCUGUGACUUUGUUUACAAUCACUGAUUCCUAUCACCAGCCCUCAAUUACAAAGAUGUAUAAGCUUCAUGUUCGUCAUAUAGGAUUUCGGGAACGUCUCAACAAAUCAGAACAAUAUUUUCAAUUCU